AUCCCCGACUGGCGCUGGAGGCCCUUGGCGUAGCUUUGCUGGACUCGGCGGCCUCGAAGACAAGGCGUCCUCCCCUACCCCGCGGCGUUCGUGGUCCGGCCCGCAUCCGCCUAGCUGCUGCUAGUUGUUGGUUGCUGGUUGUUGGAUGCACGCGCUGAGCGCGCGUAGCUAGAGCUCACUUCCUGGGCUGAGUCCCCGGGCGCGGGUUCCCCGCAGCCUGAGCUGUUUGGGUUCUGGGUCCUUGAGCUUUCCGGGCUGCAGAUUAGGACCUUGGAUGCAGUGCGCUCCGCGGGUGCUCCUGCACCCCCACCAAAGGGCCCAGACCCGGGGAGAAGGAGGCGCGGGGAGGGGGCGCCAAUGGUCGUAUCCGAAGCCCGCAAGCCAAGAUGCUCAGCUUUUUAGGCGUGACCCACACAUGACUUCUCCUUUUGAAGCCUCAGAUUUGCGACCCGUAAAAUGGAUAUAAUCAAAGCUUCACGGGGCUGUUGAUGAUUAAGUGAGACAAUGCUUGUAAAGCUCAGUGCGCGAGGGAGCCCCAGAGACAGGGCCUGGCGGACAGAUCUCCUCCGCUGUCACCCAAGGCCACUUGCAGCAUGAAGGCCCCCGUGCAGCAGUCCGCUCGUGGGAUGCAGGCCCUCCACCCUCAGCACCGCUGCCGGGUCGGCUGUCGGGUCAAGGCCAGGGCAUCGUAUGUGGAUGAGACUCUGUUUGGCAGCCCCGUGGGCACUCGGCCCAGUGUCCCAGGCUUUGACCCGCCCUGGGUGCAGAAGACUAACGGAACCAGAGCAGUGGGCACCAGGGCGAUACAGAGCUCUCCAGGCAAGGGGAGCUGUGAGACCACCCCCUCUGGGGGCAGCACCCCAGCCCUCACGCCAGGGAAGAAGAACAGAUACAGGCUGAUCAACCACACUCCGUCUUACUGCGAUGAGUCACUCUUUGGCUCCCAACCCAAGGGCACCAGCUGGGAGGCCUCUCGCAUGGCGAAGGGGGACACAGCAAAGCUCCACACCCUCUUUUGGACACCGCCCGCCACUCCCAGGGGCCGUGACUCUCCCCGCCCCAGGGAGAUCCCACUUCGAGCUGUCCAUCCAAGUGGCUCCUCCAUGACACGGCCCCAGGUGGCAGCUGACUCCCAAGGGUUGUCCCUGGACGGCCCCGAGGUCCCUCGCCCUCUGAGGCGAGAGCGUUCCCAUUCCCUCACCUGCCUGAGCGUCCCCAGUGCUGGUCACCCAGCCUCCAGUGCCCCCCACACAAAUGGACCUCAGGACCCCAGGCCUCCCCCAGCAGGGAUGACCUUCCGGAGCCCUCUGGUGAACCCCAGGGCUCCCUCAGUCAGUGCUUCAGUGCCAGCUACCCCCCGGCGAGGCAGGGGACCCCAGAAUCCAAAGCCCCCCUGGAGGUGAGCUGCUUUCACAUGAGGAGGGAUGCAGCCCCUCGUGGGGCCCCUUCAUGAAUGGAGGAGCCCCCGAAGGACCUCCAUGGCAUGGGUGGGCAGUGCCUCCCUUUAUCUUGACAGUCCGCUUGCUCUCUGCCUUCUCCCUGAUACGUCUCUGGCCCCCUGGAGAUGUCCCCUCUGGCCUGUCCCAGCCAUACUACGAAUCAGUGCCAGUCCAGGGCUUCCGCCUCCUGUUGUCUGGUGGCCAUGUGUGACUUGCCACCAGGAGCGGUCCUUCCCACCUCCCUCCCUCCAGGCCAGCUUUCUGCUCAGGACCCAGGGUCCUCCUGAAUCUGGAGGCAUUAGAGGAGUUUUCUUUGAAAUGUGUGUAUUUAUUUCCACGUAUUAAAUAUAUCUGUAGCUCAUCAAA